AAGCUGCGCCUGCUACCUCCAUUGUGAGACAGGCUGAGCCGCUGCCGCUGCCCAGCGGGGUGUGUGCGGGGAGAGCCCUUCCCCAGCGCCCCCUGUGCCCAGCCGGGAGGACUUUCUCCGGGGGCUGGAACCAGCCCCUGGGGCAGCCCCGGCCUCUGCCGACACCAGCCCCUGAGCCGGAGCCUGCAGCUUGGCUAAGAGCGCUCCCCAGAGACGAGCUUGCCAGGACCCUGAGAUAACUGUAGCUGGACCGAGCUCAGACGGAGAAAAAGAAAGUGGAGCAGAUUUUUCCAGUUUCCCAAAGGUAAUGUGAUUUCCUAUCUGGAACCAGAGGCAGAGCUGUGAAUCUCAAAUCUCCAGGCUUUGAGGAAAGGGAGAUCCUUAAAACAUGAACACAGCAGGUGAUGGGACGGGGGGUGAGAAACAGGAGGAGAAUCCACAGCAGGAAGGUCCUGAGCAAGUGGAACCAUGUGGGACAGUAUCGGGAAAAUCCAAAGGGGAUGUUUCCUUGAGUCCUGAGCAAGAAGAAGGCGGUGAGACUCAGCGCAGGUCAGAGAGGCAGAAGAGCAACCAGCAAAGGAAGAGAAAGGAUGAAUCUACUUGCCAAGGGAGAAGUUUGGAGGAUCCUAGUGAAAUCAUGGUCCAACCACGAGUCCACACGAAAGAGAAACUGUAUAACUGCCCAGAGUGUGGGAAAAGCUUCGCUCAGAUAUCAAAUCUUCUGGUACAUCAGAGAAUCCACACGAGAGAGAGACCCUAUAAAUGCCCUGACUGCGGGGAAAGCUUCACGCUGAACUCAGACAUUAUUUCCCAUCGCUCAGUCCACACAGGAGACAGGCCCUAUAGCUGCCUUGAGUGUGGAAAAUGCUUUGCUAAUUUCUCAUCCCUUAUUUCACAUAGACGAAUCCACACAGGGGAGAGACCCUAUACGUGCCCCGACUGCGGGAAGAGCUUCAAGCGGAGCUCAGACCUUAGUAAACACCGGAGACUCCACACAGGAGAGACGCCCUAUAAAUGCCCCGAGUGCGGGAAAAGCUUCACUCAGAGCUCAAACCUGGUUUCGCACCAGAGAAUCCACACAGGAGAGACACCCUAUAAAUGCCCCGACUGUGGGAAAAGCUUUAAACAAAGAUUCAGCCUCAUCGUACAUCAAAGAAUCCACAUUGGAGAGAGAUCCUAUAAAUGCCCCGACUGCGGGAAAAGGUUUAGUAACAGCUCCCAACUUAUUAGACAUCGACGAAUCCACACAGGAGAGAAGCCCUAUAACUGCUCUGAAUGUGGGAAAAGCUUCAGUCAGAGCUGGGGAGUCCUUAGACAUCAGAGAAUCCAUUCAGCAGAGACACCCUAUAAAUGUUCUGUCUGUGGGAAAAGCUACAAGGGGAAGGAUUCGCUGAAGUCCCACCAGAAAGUGCACACAGCAUAGAAGGUUUUGGGAGCUCUUCCUGUGGGGCACUGGAUCUCAGCCCUCUGGAAGCAUGUUUCAUCUGAGGAUGGUCUGGGCAGGGGAAGCAGACUGGUGGCUGGUCUGGGUUUCAGUGGAGGGUGGUCGGUGAGGGAAAGGGGAGGAAGAAACACUGGGUACUUGGUAGAUGAGUCAUUUCAGGGUCUGGGGGGAGCAGGUGUAUCAGUGGGGAUACAUUUCUGUGCGAGGGGCCCUGCAGGACUGUAGUUUAUAGAAUCAUAGGACUGGAAGUGACCUCAAGAAGUCAUUUAGUCCAAUCCCCUGCACUCAUGGCAGUACCAAGUAUUAUCUCUAAACCAUCCCUGACAGGUGUUUGGAGAUCUUUAAGAACAGGUUAGACAGUAAUGGAGAUUUCACAACCUUCCGAGGCAAUUUAGUCCAAUGCUUAACCACCCUGACAGUUAGGAAGUUUUUCCUAAUGUCCAACCUAAACCUCCCUUGCUGCAAUUUAAGCCCAAUUGCUUCGUGUCCCAUCCUCAGAGGUUAAGAAGAACAAUUUUUCUCCCUCCUCCUUGUAACAACCUUUUAAGCUUGAAACCUGUUCUCAUGUCCCUUCUCAGUCUUUUCUUUUCCAAACUAAACAAACCCAAUGUUUUCAGUCUUCCCUCAUAGGUCAUGUUUUCUAGACCUUUAAUCAUUUUUGUUGCUCUUCUCUGGACUUUCUCGAAUUUGUCCACAUCUUUCCUGAAAUGUGGCGCCCAGUUGGGGCCUAAUCAGCAUGGAAUAGAGGGGAAGAAUUACUUCUUGUGUCCUGCUUACAACUGCUUACAAUUAGUUAUAAAACACCAAGAGCUGCUGAUCUGAAGUGACAGGAUGUCAGUGAUGCUCAAUUUAUUUGACGUCUCUGCAGCUGCAGGGAGGCAGGGGACAGAGACCGGAGAACUCAUAGGAAUACAUUCCCCCGAAAGGAUUUUGCUGUUUCGGUGUGGGCAGUAUGGUGUAGUAGAGCAGAGGCUAUUGGUUCUCUGGACUCCUGGGAUCUAGUCUCAAAUCUGAGUGGAGUGAGGGUAGAGAGCCUGGCAGUCACGGCUCUUGGAUUCAAUACCCAAUUCUGCUAGUGUCCCCUUGUGCGACCUUGGUCCAUUCACUUCCUUUCCUCUCUGUGGGUCCAUUCCUCCCAUCUCUACAAUGGGGAUAAUAGCAGAUGCCCACCUCCGUGUGAAGGCGUUAGGGGUCGCUGAUCAUGGUGUGGUCAGUGGCUCAGGAGGACAGAGGUUCCAAGAGAGGGAAAAUGUCAUUAUUAUUGUUAUUAUUAUUAUUAUUAUUAUUACUGUAUUGUAUUAUUCUCUGAUACUCUCCUGUCCCUUCCCAGCUCUCUCUGUUGGGAGGACGGCUUUCCUGAGUUAGCUUGAGUCCCUUGUCCAUGUUUCAGGCAGGGGAUUAUGCCUGAAAUAGCUUCCUGGGAAGGGAUUCUCCCUUCCUCUGUGGACAGAGGGUGGGAGAGAUGGGGUCUCAUGGGUCUGUUUCAAGUUUCAGGGAGUCUUUAUGUCUCUUUGAUGUUUUUACCUCAGUAGGUUACUUUUUUGCCCAAAUUAAUGUCUAAUAAAACAUUCCUGGUCUGUCCUGGUCCCCCAGGAAUUUCCUUCAUUUUUGGGCUCUAGGGCCAGGGGAGAAGUUCCCCAGACCUGUUCAGUUUCCUUCCUGAGGAGGAAUCACUCCCCAGCCCUUCUGCUGACGUCUCUUGUGAGGGCUAAAGGUUUAAUUUCAGGAGAGGGCCAUGCAGCUGUCAGAGAACUCAGCUAAUUUACCUUCUUCUUUGUGUUUCUGGACCAUGUUGCAAUUUGAAAAAAAACAAGCGAGUGCUGUGUACUUUGCAUGGGUUUUAUUAGAAAAUAUAAUCAAGCAAAUAUGUAGAUUAAACAAACAUAUAACUGAGGCUAAAACUAUUCUAACUUCACUAAACGUAGACGGAGUUGAUCAUGGUAUUGUUUCCGGGUUUUUUUGGAUCAUCGAUUUCCAAUCGAAUUAAUACCGCAGGUACUCAGAUCCCGAGGCUGAUGAAAGAAAGAAUUGCUUUUAGUUAAUCCUGUGGCAGGAGACCAAAGGAGAUGCCUUUAGUCUAACACCCUCUGUGACAGAUGCAAGACCUUGGAAGUAUGGAAACCUAAAAGACUAUUGCAAUGAUAUGUGCCAUCGGCAUUUUGUAUCUCUAAAUGUUAUAUGUACCUCUGGGAAGUAGGGAUUAUAUGAUUGCCCCAUGGGGGAGGAUAACUGAGCUUCUCCAAGAACUAAAUCCAGUGGUGGUUAAUUACUGAAGAUCCCAGGGCAGUUAAACAGCCCAAGAGCAGCACCACUUCCUGGGAUGAAUUGCAUAGACUGGCUCAGACCAGGUUCAAGAGGCCCAGGAGUCAAAGAAGGAGCAUGUGGUAUAAAGGGCCAGCCUGAGCUGAUUGAAAUACCUCAUUAUGAGUUAGUAGCCAAGAGGGCAAAACCCUGCUGGAAGGACUGGAAACCUAAGAGGGUCGCCCUGUGGAAGACGGCUGAUAAGCUAGCAUGCACGCAGACUGGUGGUUGUUUUAUGAUAUGUGUUCUCUGUAAUGUUUUUGUCCUAAAAUAAAUGUACCAUGC